GACACAUGUAGGAGGUAUGUUCUUCUUUUCCUAUCUGAUGAUGCAAUGUGCAGUCAGAAAUGAUCUCCAGAAAUUCUGGCAGUUCAACGUAAUGUAUCUGCUGCUGUUCAUUUCAUUCAGUUUCUGUUCCACUGUGCUGAGUGCGGCAGUGACACCUCCAUGUAGCACUGUAUACAGGGGCUUUGCUGAUUGUCUGGUCAGUCUUGGUGACAGUGUGAGCUCCAAGACUGACAACCCACAGGACAUCAACUCUAUCUGCAAAUCAUGGGAUGCCUUCCAGGUGUGUGUGAGUGAUGUGCUGUCAGGUUGCCGUGGUGAUGCAGCAGAGAUUUGGGAAUCUUUGAGGGCAGAGUCCCGGAAAACCACUUUUGCUGGGAACCUCUAUGAGAUGUGUGCCAGACGUACGGAGGCUGUCACUGCAACCACUCCUCAGGGUCUUCCCAGUACUGGUGAAACCAAUCAGGAAACCCUUAAAGGACUUGCUCAUUCUGUCAAACACACAGGCAGCAUAGAGCUACUCCUAACAUGCUUCUCUCUUUUCCUGCUUCUGCUUCGGAGAGCAUCUCUUUAACUAAGCUGAACUGAUGCCAUUGCCUAAUGUAAGUGCAGCAGGCAAAUAUGACUCAUUUAAUUUAUUUCAUUGUGUAAUCUUGUUGGUAUGUUGAUUCUCCACAUGUUGGAGAAAAACAUGUGACCUGUUUUACAAAAAUAUUUUUAUAUAUGUAAUUCAGUAAUGUUCUAUACUCAAAUCUUAUUAUAUCAAAUGUACUUUUCUACAUUGUUACAUGUUUGAAGUUUGUGUCAGAAGACCACAAAAUUGUAAUUUCAGGUUUUUUAUGUGUGUUUGGUAAAU